CUUCAAUUUGGGGAAAAUGCGAAAGAACUACUAACUUUAAUUUUUUGCUAAAGUUUUUCUUCAAACAUUAAAGCAAGAUUUUUACAUAAAAAUCUAAGGAUCGCAGCAGAAUUAAUAUUAUUGCUGGCGUAGUAGCGUUUUAUUUUCGCGAAAUUAAAAGGACUCCUUGAUUUGUAAUUUAUUUUCGUUACUUAUUAGUAAAUACCCAUAUACUUAUACCUUGUAUAGUACGCAAUGUAACAUAUAGUUCAUGUGCUGUGUAAUGUAUAAAGCUAUAAUUCUAUAAUGUAGAACUGAAUACAUAGUAUUUGUACAUAAUAAAUUUUUACGAAAUUUAUUGCUUGUCACCAGGGCUGUGAAUUCUUAGAACGUAAAGGAUUACCUUAACAACACAUCGCAAAAAAGUAUAAAAACAACUAGUACCACAUUUGUCUGAUUUGACAAAUAUCAAUGGACGGUCCAGGUACGAUCACGUGGGAUGAAUUUCUCGAAAAUGCUGAAAGGUUCGUAGAAAUGUCGAAUGAAAUCUCUGACGGAUGGGAACUUCGAGGUAAUAAGAAUGUGCCAGGAGAGGCAUACAUUGUCCGCCAAGGGAGACAAUACAUAUGCAGUAAUAGUAACUUAAAUAAUUAUUCGACAUCAAACAAUAACGACUCCGCUGAUGAUUUCGACUUUGUAUUAAAACAAGAUCCUUUCGAGGCCACUUGUCCUAUCGAGAAACCAUUAGUUACAGAACAUCACGUGUUAUGGUCCAUGAGCUACAGCGUCCCGAUACUUUAUUUUAAUGGAUGGAAAUCAGAUUUCCCAGGUAUUAAUCCAAUAUCCGUGGAAGAAGCACAAUCCCUCGUUUGUAACGGAGAAUUGAAAUACAAGGAUUUAUCUCAAGCUAUACAUCCUAUAUUAGGUACACCUUUUCUACACUUGCAUCCUUGUAUGUCUCAUGAGCUUUUACAAAUUACAAGUAACAGUAAAAACAAAAUAGUCAGUUGGUUGAGUACUGUCGCUCCCGUUGCCCUUAAUUUUAAGCUACGUCCUGAAUAUUGUCAGUUAACUAUGUAAUGUAUAUACACUUUAAAAUAUUCGAAUUAAACUGUAAUAUGUCCUAUUGCUUUAAGAAAGCACACGUAUACACACGUGUAUCAAAUAAAA